AUGACUGAAUAAAAUCGAUAGUAAAUGGAGCCUUCUUCAAUUAUAUUCUAAUCAUAAAACUAAAUCUAUUAUGAAAAAUAUUCAAUAUCUGCUAACUAAAACCACCUAAAUUACAAUAUAAAUUCAAAAUAAACUUAAUAAAACAUUCAAGCAGAAUAUUUGAUUUAAGAUUAAGAAUUAUAAACUAAUUAUUUAGAAAAUAUUUAAUCAAAAAAUCACAAAAAAUAAAAAAAAGUUUUAUAAAUAUGCGUAAACAAAAAUGAAACUAACUAAUAUAAUUAAUGCGACUUCUAUAAAAGCUAGUUAAAUAAAUUUAAUAUAAAUAAACAAAAAGAAGUAUUAAUAAAUAUUUCUGAUUAUGCAUAUCUAAACGGUGAUUAAGUUCUCAAUAGGAUCAAAUUCCCUUCUUCAUUUUAAGUUUCAGAAGCUUAACUAAUAAUAGAGCAAACUAGAAGUAGAUCAAAUGAUCUUAAUUUAGAUCACGAUGGAUUACAUUUUAGAUCUAGAGACAUUGGUAAAAUUUGA